GUGAGGUAAAAAUUAAGGAAUUGUUAUGGUCGUAUUGCAUGAGAUAUACCUAUAGCAUUAGGUAAUAGAAUUCAUUUUAUUAAUAUUUUACCCCGGUAUCUAACCUUAGUAACCGUAGGUUCGAUCUAUUUCCAUAUACGUGCAAUUCAAACCCGUAGAAGCGAUCAUAAUACCUAUUUCCUUAACCCCUCACAUGUCGCUAUCAAGACAUCUUCCCGGAUCCCGAAGAGCUGUUGCCGUUGCAUCAGGCCUCGUAUCCCCUCCACCACCACCAUCUUCAUCUUCCCUUCCCAAUUCCAACACCACCACCAAUUCCACGACAUCGACAGCUUCACUACUCCAGCAGCCUGUCCAGCCGAGAAGUUUCGCCUCGCAGUCUAAUAUCCGAAGUCGCGAUAUUCCACAUAAAUUGACUCUUAAACACGCCUGCAAGAUGUCCACCAUGCCGGCGCAACACGGCCACUCCGAGGCCUGCUGCAACAUCCCCCCCGUCGUAUCCAAGGGCUACACCCCGAAGGGCACGUACGAGGAGCUCGGAGGUUUAAACUCAUACGUCACCGGCCCCCAGGAAGCCACCAAGGGCAUCAUCACCAUCUUCGACAUCUUCGGGUUCUACCCGCAGACGCUGCAGGGCGCCGACAUCCUCGCGACCUCGGACCACUCCCAGAAGUACCGCGUCUUCAUCCCGGACUGGUUCGCCGGCGAGCCCGCCCCGCUCGAGUGGUUCCCCCCCGACACCGAGGAGAAGCAGAAGAACCUCGGCGCCUUCUUCCAGAAGCACUCCCCGCCUAGCGUCGCCGACAAGGUCCCCGGCUACGUCAGCGCCGUCGCCGCGAAGUACCCGCAGAUCAAGUCCUGGGCUAUUCUUGGAUUCUGCUGGGGCGGCAAAGUCGUAUCCCUCGUGGUGUCCAAACCCGACACGGUCUUCAAAGCGGCCGUGGAAGCGCACCCGGCGAUGGUCGACCCGGCCGACGCCGCUAACAUCAAGGUGCCCCUGGCGCUGCUGGCCUCUAAGGACGAGAACCCGGAGGACGUGAAGAAGUUCGAGCAGAACCUCAAGGUUCCCAAGUACGUCGAGAUCUUCGGCGACCAGAUCCACGGGUGGAUGGCCGCGCGCUCCAACCUCGACGACGAGCGCGUUAGGGCCGAAUACGUUCGGGGUUACGAGACUGUCCUCAAGUUCUUGUCCAAGUAUCUGUAAAACCACCUACCUAACGUAGAUAUCUCUCCUAGUAAUGAAUCUUACAAAAACGCCACGAGAAAUAAAAAGAAAGGUCGGAUGUAUCUAGGCUUGAUAUACUAGGAUCGCCUCUAAUAAAAGCAAUGAUGAAUUAAAU